GGAGCCGCCAUGUUUGACCUGGAGCGGGGUUGGAACUUGUCGUUCUGCGGCUGCGGGUUCCUGGGGGUGUAUCAUGUCGGGGUGUCCAGCUGCCUGCAGGAGCGGGCCCCCCGGCUCAUCACUCAGGCCAAUAAGAUCUAUGGGGCCUCGGCGGGGGCUCUGAACGCGGCGGCGCUGGUGUGUGGCUGCAGCCUGGCCCAGUGCUGCUCAGAUGUAUUGGGGGUGGCCAAGGAAGCCCGGAAGAGGAAUCUGGGGCCCUUACACCCUUCCUUCAACCUGGUGAAGAUCCUGAAGAAGGGGCUGUACCGUAAUCUCCCCGAAAACGCCCACGAGCUGGCGAGCGGGAAGCUCUGCAUCUCCCUGACCCGAGUGUCGGACGGCGAGAACGUUCUGGUGUCGGAAUUUAACUCCAAAGAAGAACUGAUCCAGGCUUUAAUAUGCAGCGCCUUUGUGCCCAUUUACUGUGGCCUCAUCCCGCCUUCCUUCAGAGGAGUGCGGUACGUUGAUGGGGGAAUAAGCAACAACCUACCUGAAUACGACCUGAAAAACACAAUCACCGUCUCUCCGUUCUCGGGGGAGUCGGAUAUCUGCCCGAGGGACUCGAACUCCACAAACUUCCACGAGCUGCGCGUAACCAACACCAGCAUCCAGUUCAGCCUGGGGAACCUGUAUCGGCUGACACGUGCGCUGUUCCCGCCCGAACCCACGGUUCUGGGAGAGAUGUGCCAGCAGGGAUACAAUGAUGCACUGCGAUUCCUUAAGGACAACAACCUGCUGAGCUUGCCAUCUCCUGCCGCUGACCUGUGUUUGGCUUUUCCCAAAGCCACUCCCCUUUCCCACCACCUGACCUGCGACUGUUGCGUGAAGAGUAAGCGGGAAGAGGAGGAUCUGAAGCGCAAAGUGCUGGAGGGGCCGACGCCCUGGUCCCUGGAUAAACGAAUCAUGGAGAGGCUGCCGCCCAGCUUGUGUUAUGUCCUGCAGGAAGCGUGCAGAGAGAAGAACGGGCUGUACCAUCAGAUCUCCAGCCUCUUGCCCAUGCGGGUGGCAUCCUACAUGGUGAUGCCCUAUACCCUGCCCGUGGAGUCGGUGGUUUCCGUUGCUUUAAGGCUGGUGGAUUGGUUCCCGGACAUGCCGGAAGAUAUGCGCUGGAUGCAGGAACAGGUCCGCUCCGUCGCCGGUGCUGUAUAUUCCCAGGCAAAGAAGAGGCUCCUCCCAUCAGUCAGAUCAUCGGGUCACGGCACCCUACGGAAAUGCCUGAGCCUCCCCCCCCACCUCCAUCGUGCCUCUUCCUACCUCUCCCCCAACAACUUCUCCUCCGCCAUGGACCUCGAGGGCUGGGUCUUCGACUUCUCCUGUCCCUCACUCCUCCGGGACCACCAGGACCCCAACGAUCCCCAAUUAGAACUGGAUUCCGACGCCCAACCCAAGUGCAUUUUCAGCUUGGAAGACUCAGGGGUAGACGUGAACUUCUCCACCGAUCCGGAAGAUUCGGCUUCGGAACUGUAAUUUCUGGGUUUUACUGGAAAUUCUCAUUACUCCCUUCAGAUCUGGAUCCUCAGGUUAUAAAGGAAGGUCCCUAAUGAUCCGGAGAACCCCGAUUGAUUCAGAAUUAAGUUUUUGGGGUUUUAAUGGGGGAGCAAAUUGGACCUCGGUUUUCAUUUUGUCGUGAAACUAAAAAAGUUGAUGGGACCAGCGUCGGACUGGGUUACUGGGGCCCAGCACCACCAACCCGGCGCUCACCCGAGACAGCAGUUGGCCUGGUUCUGUUGGGCCCAGUGGGAUUUGUCUUGGGGGGGGCCAGUCUGACCCUGGAUAAGACGACUCCAAGUUCUGGAGUAAAUAACAAUGAUAAAUUGGACUUUUGGAAGUGUCAAACCAAUAAUGUCCCCCAAAAAUUCUAUCUAUCUCUAUAUCUAUCUAUCUCUAUGUCAAUCAUCUCUAUAUCUAUCUCUGUCUAUCUAUAUAUGUAUCUAUCUAUAUCUGUCAAUCAUCUCUAUAUCUAUCUUUAUAGCCUAUCUAUCUAUCUCUCUCUCUAUCUAUCUUUAUAGCCUCUCUCUCUCUCUCUCUCUAUCUAUCUAUCUAUUUAUCUUUAUAUCUAUCUAUCUAUCUAUCAUAUAUAGCAGAUUUGGGGGGAUUUUUUCGCGACGUUAUUGGUCUGACAUAACCCUUCCAAUAUCAGGUAUAUCGGGUACCCCCAAACAUGUCUUUGGGGGACCCCCAACCAGCAUUAAUUUAAUCUCUGCGUCCGUUUGAUCUACUUACUAAGCGUUGGUUGCAAUGCUCUCAGCCCUCUGGCACUUAGACGGUUAAGCACCACGGGUUCUUAUUUGCCCCAUUUCACCUCCUGAGGUUUAACCCCUUCUUCUCCUAAAGGCACAUCGUGUUUGGUGCUUCCAGCUUUAAAUGAUCUAUAACAAAGAAAUACAAUUUUGUGAAAUUUUAAAAGAGAGUUUUAUAUGUACAGUGAGUUUUAUUGAGAAUUCCAAAGCUUUAUGACCCGAUCGAGCACUUUGGGUGAAUGGGACCCUUUUUUUAGUACUUUAGUCUUUUUCAAUAAAGAUUAACCCUUUGCUGCCAGAGAAUCCACCGCGCUUUGUCACUUACCGAGACUUAAUAAAAGGUUAAUAAAAAAACAAUCUGUGAAAUGUACAUAAAUGAAAAUAAAUAUUAUAUCUUGUUUAGGA